AUGAAUUUUACGCUACUGCCAAGGGUCCAAUUUAGACAGGCUCAAACCCUCGAUCUGGAGGAGGUUCGCUUGCAUGCUCGUACGCGUAACCAACGUGCUAGGCUGUCUGCAAAGCUGAGAAGAAGAAAGGUCAACUUCUUGGCUAACGAGGAGGCCAUCGUAACACGCUUUCACCCAAAAGAAAGCUGCAUGGUCUUCCUCGAGGCAGCCUACAUGUCUGAAGAUGAAGACAAUGUUACCAAUGAGCAUGGUCAAGCCAUCUCGUACACCACCCUCCGCCCAAGUUGGAGAACCGACGAGCUGAACAACAUGUUGAGUGAGUUGGAUUCUCUCCAUGGGCAUAGAAACCCUGGACGUCAUUUGCCUCGUACGACAGUGGGUACUCUUAUUUUCCAUCUUUUACCAAGAAAACUCUGCUUGAACCGUCAUCCAACAUUAAAGAAUCCGGAUAAAAUGAACCUGACACCUCAAGUUACAGCCGAAAAGCGAUGCAAGAAGGUCCAUAUAAAUUUAUUGGACGCGAUUUUCAUGUAUGAUGCAAGAAAUCUUGACAAUAUACAUGUAGUAUAAAAAAAAACUCGUCUACAAUGCCUUUAACUCCCGUGGGAUAGGUUGAACCCCUCUAAGGCCAUACACAGCUAAAUGUAAUAGUUUUACGGCGGAAUCUACGGAACUCAAAGGUCGAUACUGUAAUAUUAUAAGUGUUGUCUGUGAAGAUAAAGUUGCCUCGGAGGAUGAUAACCAUAAUAUCGAUAAGAAUAAUUCGGAAAUCUCGGUGAAUGUG